AUGGAUGUGGUUCAGUCUGCAAAUGGAAAUAAAGUAGGACACUCAGAAGUGGGGGAAGAGGUUGGUUCUGAGAAGGGUAAAGAGGUAGAGAUUUCCCCUGAAGAAGUUGUUGUAGGCAGGGUUGUAGAGCAGUCGUCUGUGCUGUUAAAAACCCCAUCUCCUCGACGUGGUAUUGUGGACUCUGAGGGGUUCACUCUGGUUGUGAGUAGAAAGCAGAAGGUUUGGGUAGGAUCAGGGUCUAAUAGCCUAGGGAAGCAGUCCAAUCCUAGCCAGUCGAUGAACAGAAUUGCUCGUGUUGUUGGUAUCCCUCCUCCACCUCCUCCAAAAGGAAGAGGGGAGAGGGAAGAAACGGGGUAA